AGCACCGCUAAGAAUGUUUCCUCUGGCUUCGUCACUACCUCUGCCCCCCCCCCGCACUCGAAACCCGCAUCUCCCUCCUAGCAUGGAUGGACUCACGCUCCAUCCCCUCUUACAUUUCCCCCUACUCCCUUACCCACUACCCUUUUUUAGUUGAGUUUGCUCCGGGCUUCACUCCCCUCCCCCAAUUAUCCACCGAUGGCAUCUCUACCACUCACUCCGGUCAUCACCACUCGUGCCCAAGCGGAUACUAGUCCUCAACAGUACCCAUCUGCUCCUACCUCCCCCUCCCCCUUUUCAGCAAGCCAACAACUGGAAGUCGAGCAUGACCCCUUCAUCUCAGACAAUGAAGCACCACCACGGGCUCGCCCCCGCCUCUCGCCGUCUACGUCGCAGGCCCUCCGUAUGUUUGGGCUCUCCCGUGUGUCUCACGGUCGAUCGAUGUCACAAUCCUCCAAAUCCUCCAAAAUCUCUCCCGACCGCUUCAUCCCGAGCAGAGCCAACAUACAGAGUUUCCGAAUGAGUGCACCGGCGCACCUACUCUCCAAUAACGAGAGACUUCUAAGAAGGAGUCUUAGUAGCGGUACUACCAACCGUAGCAUCUCCCCCAACAAUCUGAGCAAUAGCCCUAAUGGUAGAAACGCCGGUGGCUCACCAAUCAACUACCGACCCGGCAACUUGAAUAGGAGGAUCAGUGCUGGCGCUGUUGGAGUGUUUGGCAUAGGUGUUGGUGCAGCGCCCAGGAGGGAGGAGCCCAGACCGAGGGGGAGGGAAGUGACCAUAAACGUUUUCGGCAAUAAAACAAGUCCCGAGGUCGACAUGGAAAGACACCAGAGGAGGCUUUCCGCCGCUCUGGGAGUGGAUAGAAGUGCUAAAGUGCUGAGUUUUGCCCGUGAGAAUGAACCAACUAGGGAUGGUCAUGGGAGGAAGGGAGGGGUAAUGGGUGCCCCUGGAAGUGAGACUGUUAGUGAUGUGCUUUGGGAGGGCGUAUUGGAGGCGGAAGGCCGUGAUUCGACACCACAAGUCUCUCCAUCCCGCAGAUGCCUUAGAAGAGCUAUCCCCACUACCCCGUUCAGGGUUCUAGAUGCUCCAGGCCUCCGAGAUGAUUAUUAUUGUUCGCUCAUUGCAUACUCCCCCGUUACACACUCUUUGGUUGUUGGACUUCACACGGACGUAUACAGUUGGACAGAGACUAGUGGAGCUCGGCCAUUCGAGGCUUGGUCGAACUCUCACGUUACUGCUCUGGCUUUUUCUUGUUUCCAAGGGAAGCGCAACAUUCUAGCGAUUGGUCGGAUCGAUGGCUCGCUUAGCCUCUGGAACCCGGCGGAGCCCACCCCACGGCUUGAACGAACACACGAUACUGGGAUCGCUUGUUUUGCUUGGAAACCUAUCGUCUCCUACCGUCCAGAUUUAGGGUUACAACCUAGCAGUGGCUUUUCUUCCAGUGACGGUCGUUCCCAAUCGAUUGUCGUUCACUCUCAGCAGAUUUGCGGGUUAGCGUGGAGCGGGGACGGAGAACAGUUCGCGACGGGUGGCAAUGAUAAUGUAGCCUGUCUCUUUAGCACUGCGGAUGUAACCCGCAACCGUAGUGGAGGUGUGAGAAAUCAUGAAGCUACGCCUCUUGAAGGUGGAGAAAAGCAUAGGUGGGCCCAUGGGGCGGCCGUCAAAGCGAUUGCCUUUUGCCCAUGGCAAAGAAGCUUGCUUGCUACAGGUGGUGGUUCCAAUGAUCGCUGUAUCCAUUUCUUCCACACCUUUUCCGGGGCAACAUUAGCUACUAUUAAUGUCUCUGCGCAAGUCACAUCGCUUCUCUGGUCUAACAGCCACCGCGAGAUCGCUGCAACACUCGGAUACGCUAAUCCUGAGCAUCCCAUUCGCAUUGCGGUUUUCAGCUGGCCCGAGUGUAGGCAGGUGGUCCAGAUACCCUGGCAGGAGGAUAUGAGAGCGCUAUAUGCUGUCGCCUACCCAGGAGGCCCCAAUGACGAUUUUCCACCCGCUGGAGGAUCGCGAGAGAGAAAUAAGCACGCGAAUAGAGUCGAGGGAUGCAUCGUCGUAGCUGCAAGCGACGAGACUGUCAGAUUUCAUGAAGUCUGGAGCGAAACCAGGCGUGGGGUUCUCAGGUGGAGGGGGGUCCUCGGGGGAAGUGAUAUCCUGGAAGGUCUCGAAGGAAUUGAAAAGGAUAGCGCAGAGACCAUCAGGUGA